UGUCUGCGCGCCCACAGAGCUCACUUGGAGUUGUUCCUUUCCCCUGUUCGUAUGUUUCACCAGCACGGGAGACGUGGUCACUGAAGGAAUGUCCGGAAUCGAAUCCUGAAACUUUCUGAUAGCUCGCUCCAUUUACAUGAUCAGAGUGCCCUGAUUCUGAAUAUUUUCGGCAUGUCGUCCGACCAAAAGUCAGCCGAAGGCACUGCGUUGCAGCAGAUGCGACAAGACGAUCAGUUUUUCUGUUCCUUGAUCAACACAAUUCCUGCGAAAUUCUACUUUGACCAAGAUACUGUCAAGGAGAUCCGGGAAAAGAUCCUGGAAACGACCGAGUCAGCUCUAGGGGGCAGUCAACGAUUUGGUAAACUCGGUCAAGCCGGGAAGCACAGAUUCGCAAAGUUGAACCCAGCGAUCAACAAGAGUGUCCUAAGGAUACUUGAAGAAGUCGACGCGGAAGAGAAAGGAAAGCGCCAGAAACAGAACAAGAAAAUCAAAAAAGACAGAUUGACUCUCUUGAGUAAACAGGGAACUCUGCAUUCGCCAGCGCUAGACAGAGCAUCUUCAAUUGAGGCCCUUCAACAGAGUUUGAGACAGAAGAUCGAGAAGAUGAAGUCCGGUAGAGAUUUGGAGCAGAUCAGAGCUCGGAGAGAGAUCGAGAAGUUGCGUCAGCAGAAGAAUAAACGGGGUACAGGAAAUCAAAUGAAAGGUGGCAAGGCCAAAACAGAAGGAAGCAUGGAAGUCGACCCGGUGACUCCUCCGGCGAAUUCGAAAUCUAAAGCGGUUUUCAAUUCGGAGGGAAAGAUGGUAUUCAGCAAAUUCGAUUUUAGCAACAAUGGGGCUCCUGAUGCGCCGAUAGCCAACAACAAAGCGCUCAAGAAGAUGACAAACGUCAAAGGUCUCAAGGGUUACAAGAAGCAGCUCGAAUUCGUUGAAGAAAAACAGAAGAAACUCGAAGAGCUCAAGGAGUCCGACCCGAAUAAAGCGGCAGAAAUAGAAGAGAAGGCCGCAUGGCUGGACGCGAUCGACAAAUCCAAGGGCAUAAAGAAGAAGAAUGACCCCGAAAUGCUUAGGAAAUCUAUUAAGAAGAGGGAGAAACUAAAGGAGAGAUCCAGGAAGAAAUGGGCAGAUCGACAAGACACCGUGAGGAAACAGCAGGAUGAGCGUCAGGCCAAACGCAAAGCGAACUUGCAAGCUCGACGCGAGCAGAAGGUCAGCCAUAAGCUGAAGAAGUUAUCGAAGAAAGGACGGGUCCUCAACGUGCCCGGCUUCUGAUUCAUGCGAGCGGCUUCCGGAACGCGUCUCCAGCAUGUAAACUUGU